UUAUGAUCUACAAAGACAAUGGACCGAAAACCAAAGAUUGACCAGAAUACGGUGGAGACAGGGGCCAUGAUCAGCCGUGCUUGGGGCUUUGACUUGUUAUUGCAAGUUGUGGAGUCAUUUACUGCCGACUUUUCUCUUCCUCCUAAUGAUACCCCUGCUAAGGAAGAGUCUGGCCCCCAGCAGCCUCAGACAAAGUGCCAUAUGCCUCUGGGAGCAGCACCGCUCAGCCUGGAGCAGCCAGUCAUUUCUGCGGCUGGAUUUCUUGCUGCAAAAAACAACCCUCCUCUUCUUCAUCCUAAUGAUACCCCUGCUGAGGAAGAGUGUGGCCCCCAGCAGCCUCCGACAGAGACCCACAUGCCUCUGGGUUCAGCACCGCUCAGCCUGCGGCAGCCAAUCAUGCGUGCACCUGGAUUUCGUGCGGCACAGAUCGGCUUUCCUCGUCUUCCUACUUACUAUGCCCCAGCUGAGGAAAAGUUUAAUCCCCAGCAGUCUCAGACACAGUUCUACAUGCCUCUGGGAGCAGCGCCGUUCAGCCUACAGCAGCCAGUCAUGUCUGCACCUAGACCGGCUCCUCCCAUGUUCAAGCAACCAACUAUCUUACAGCCAAACUACAUGCAUUGCCAGGCAGCUCCUUUCCACCACAAUCAGGUCAACAACAGGCCAGUUCUGUGCCUCCCUCAGGGCCAUGGGAGGAACCUGGUUCCUGUUGGAUUCAUAAAUGGAGAGGUCCUUUAUGGGAUUCCGCCCCCUGCAGCUCCUCCUGUCGCUUCCAAUAUCACUAUUCUUAAGGCCCACGCUCCACGAGUUUUACACAGCGGACAUUCAUACUAUCCUUCUGUUUUACUGUUUUCCCAUAGGAGAAGGUAUAGACACCCACACAAGGAGAGCAGUCCGUAUGUCAAGAAGCCCCCAAAUGCUUUCAUGAUAUACCGCAAGGAACAGAGGCCAAAGGUUGUGAUGGAGCUCCAAAAUACGGACUGUGCGCCUGUCAACAAACUCAUUGGACAGAGAUGGAGGUCGAUGUGCAAAGAGGAGCAGGCAAAAUAUUAUGAACUGGCAGACAAGGAGAAGCAGCUCCAUUCUCAGCGCUUCCCUGAUUGGUCAGGCAGGGACAAUUACGGCAUAAAGAGGAAGAGGAUACGGAGGAGGAGUAUGACUGAUAAUUCUGCGAUGUGAACUCUCCAGGGAGUGAGAAUCUGAAGACCUUCAGCUAUGCUCCUUUUAUACCUUCUGAACACUAAGGGCAUGAUCUACUAAAGUAUUGGGAGUGUAAAAACGUCAGCCACCCCCCAAUAAGCUCAUUCUCUCACCAAAGCGGUCCAUUUAAAUACAACCUCAUCCUUCAUGAUCCCUGCUCAGCUAUACUGCCACCCACGCCUGCUGCCUACAACUUGCCUCCACCACCCCAGCCUCCACCUUUUUAGCACAGAGUCCACACACAGUCAUGGUAAACGAUAUUCAUCCUAAAGAAAGGCACAUUGCCUGCUACACCCAACAGGGGGUUCUGCACAUGUUCCCUGUUUUAUCUUAGCACACUGCUCGGAUAAUCCAGGGAACAUUGAAGGAAUUGAGCCGUCAACGCCAAUCAUAACUGGAUUCCCAUUUGCAACAAAUGGGUAAAUCAGGACAUAGUGUUCCUGACUGAACUUCAUAUCAUCAGAGGCAUCUCUUCCACUUGCCCCCCACCUGUUUUAUUUGUUGAGGUUUGAUUAUGAGUCAGAUGACCUGGUCUCCACAAUCACCCGAUAAUUAACUGCA